AUGAAGGAAUAUCCCCGCCGCCUCCUCUGCUCCUGCCUCCGCAAGUCGAGGGGGAUGGGCCUGCUCGGGCUCAUCUCCAAGAGCCCCUCGCCGACGCGCCGCCUGCUGUCGCCGACGCCCGUGCCCGCCGACGGGGGCGGCCGAGCGGGUGAGAUCCCGCUGAUCCGGUGGCGGAAGGGCAAGAUGAUCGGCUCCGGCGCGUUCGGGCAGGUCUACCUCGGGAUGGACCUGGACACCGGCGAGCUCCUCGCAGUAAAGCAAGUUUUGAACGGGAGCACCAACGCGACCCGGGAGAAGGCCCAAGCGCAUAUAAGAGAACUUGAGGAAGAAGUGAAGCUCCUCAAGAACCUUUCGCACCCCAAUAUUGUGAGGUACCUCGGGACUGUCCGUGAGGAAGACACACUGAAUAUCUUGCUGGAGUUUGUUCCUGGAGGGUCUAUCCAGUCGCUUCUUGGAAAACUCGGUUCAUUCCCGGAGGCAGUCAUUAGGAAGUAUACUAGGCAGAUUUUGCAAGGGUUGGAAUAUCUGCAUAGCAAUGCAAUAAUACAUAGAGACAUUAAGGGUGCAAACAUUCUUGUUGAUAACAAAGGCUGCAUUAAGCUUGCCGAUUUCGGGGCAUCUAAGCAAGUUGCCAAGUUGGGUCUGAUGAAGCAAGGUGCAGGACACCUCAGGUACCCUGAUCCGACCUCACCACACUCCUCGAGCCAGCCCCUCACGAUUCUUACAAUGUUAUUUCUUCUCUUUCUCUAGAACCGCCUAUGUUUGUGACAGUACACUGGGGCUCAAGCGACAAUGAGCAUGUUGGUGCUUUGAGUGUUUUUCCUUGCGAUGUUCCGCUUGUUCUUGUUUCUUAAUUUUAGUCAGCUUACUUUGGUAAGCUCCUCUUAUGGCAGGUGGGAGGAUCGUUCAGCUGACCAAGUGCAGUAUGACGGUGAUCUCUGAACAGUUGCAAGGAGGCUAAUAACAUGUUAGCUCCUCUUAAUAUCUUGGUUGAUGCCAUCUGUCAGAUUUAGCCCACCGAGUCCCUAUUUUGCAUUUACUUUGCUUCUCUAAAGUUCUCUUCGUGCUGCAAGGAAGAUGCGGGGGUUAGUUGCAUUCCUGCUGCCUUGCUUGAGAUGAAUCCAUUUGGUUCCUUUGCCUUUCAAUUCUGUAACACACCAUCGUAUCUAUUGUUAUUCUAUUACUCAGGGCCCACCCUGGUGGUCACUAUAUCUCUGGGUUAAGCAAGUUGAGCAGGUUAUGCAAGCUACUAUGUAAAAUGCGCACGCAUCACUGCCUAAAAAAAAGUGUACAUACGUGCGAGUUCAUCUUCGCCCUAGAUGCCCGUGGCUUCUCUCUUUUGGUGCAGUUUACAAAUAGAAUGCUAAGGCAAGUUUAAUUUCUAAUGUGCAUGUAAAUCCUUGAGAUUUUUGGUGUUUAUGAAGAUCCAAUAAACAGAGAGUUGAAUGAUAUGAAAGGGGAAAUAGAUAGGAGAGUGAAAAUUGUGUGGCUGCAGUGCUGAUGAAUUUUAGGAUCUGAAGCUACUACUUAUGGAUACCAAUAUUACAUUAGCAUUGGUGUUUAGAUCUGCUUGUUUUUACCUCUUUGUCUAUAAGCUCUAUAGGGAAACGUUUAUUCUCUGUUUGGACUUUGAUUUCUGAAUUUGGUUCCUUGCUGAAGAAAUAGCUGAAGCUUUGCUUUCUUAAAAAAAAGUAAAGCUUUGCUGCUGCACACUAUUUUCUUGCCUUUCUUGAAGAUGAUUAUACAGAUUAGUUGCCAGUUUUACCUCUCUACGAUUUCUGCCUCGGUUGCCAGGUUAUCUCAUAUGAAGCCAUGAACUGAACCUAGCAUUAACUAGAAAUCUAAACCAUUGUAUAUGAAGAUACUAUCUGAGUACGUACUUGCAUGUUCUUUAGAUCUACUACAUAUGAUUUAUUACGUAUAAAUAUGCCAUGUAAGUAUGUACUUUUAGAUCAUUAUUGCUCGCACAUAAAAUGGUUCCAGUAUUUGGUUUGAUUUUGUUUUUAUGUGUGCACAGAUCCUGUCAUGGAGAUGGUUGACAUUAGGGACAAGUUCAUACUCAUGUUCAUUAAGCUGUAGCUUCCACCACCAGUUUUUCUGCUGCAAAGUUGGACAGAGGUUUGCAGUUACAAUCAAGUUCCGUACCAGCAUGCGGCAUUGGUGACAUGACGCCAAAGCAAUGUCACUAUCGUGGAUUUUUGGUAUAUAUCUAUUUCCAUAGAAGAUGCAUGUAUGUUGGAGCGGCUCGAGUUAUCAGAUGCAUGGAGACUGUGCGUGGCAAUGUUCUCAAGGACUAUAGUUACAACGAACUGAAACAAACAAAGGAAAGAGGACCGUAUCUAAUUGGUUUGUGAAGAGAGAAAGAAAAGGAGAUCAAAGAACAUAAUUCAAAGAUCACAGAGCUUAGCAAAGGCUUUGCGACGGUGUAUGCUCAACCAGUUCUACAAACGGCAAUGACCUUGGCAAAACUGCUGCUUUGUUUCAACACAACAAAUUUGUCGAUGUGCAAAAUGAACUUGCUCAUCUUGACCAAUUGAUGACUCUAUGCAGCUGAUUUGAAACACAGGGUUUUAUCCGUUUUAAAGAGAGUGUGCUUCCAUAGCCUAUGUAUCUUUGAAAAAUGCAGAUGCUACCCGCUACAACAGCCUGCUUUAAAUGACCAGCGAUAAAUGCAACGAUUUAAGUGCCUAUUAUUCAUGCGCCUCUCUUGUCCCGUUGAUGAACUUUGAACUAUACACUAUCCAUCUAUAUAUCUAUGUAUUUGUUAC